CAGCACAUUUUACAUUACCCAAAUAGACACUUACACAGAGACACAAGCGAGCGCAUACGUCAGGAGAACGGUGUUGACGUUGGAGUUAGUGGUGGUGCUGUGAUCAAUAAGUGGGUGCGAGGAGGUGUCAGGAGUUAUUGUCAACAGCGGAAAAGGCUGUCAACGCUAUUUUUCGUCGAUCCAGUACCCGUGUCAAAAUAUCAGCAGCAGCACCUGAAGGAAAAAAAGGACCUGGCGCGCCCGUUUGGCCAGGACAACGGGAUGUCCCUUGAUCAGUACCUGAAAAGCUUCCUCGAGACGCUCUGGUGGCAGGAAGCCAAGGUGACGGCUGGCGAUGAUGUCUUCCAGAGGGAAUUUGACUCCUUACGCAGGCAAAGCACACCAGCUGGUGAGAAGAACGCUCAGGAAGCGCUCAAAAACGUCAACAGGCCUAAAAACCGUUACAAAGAUAUCGUACCCUUUGAUUAUGCCAGGGUCGUACUCUCACAAUACCCGGGUGUACCCGGCAGCGAUUACGUAAACGCAUCUUUAAUACGAGGAGCUUCGGGCUCCUCCAGGGCAUAUAUUGCAGCCCAAGGACCACUGCCCCAUACAGUCACUGACUUCUGGCGAAUGAUAUGGGAAUUCAACGUGAGCGUCAUCGUCAUGACCUGUAACGAAAUCGAGGGAGAUCGCUACAAGUGUGAAAAGUAUUGGCCUGAUCAAAUUGGCGAACGUCAACAGCACGGGAAUGUGUCGGUGACACUGGAAGGCUGGAAACAAGUGUGUCCUGAUUUCCUGGUACGUACUCUGCGAGCUCGAUGUGGUCAAACUACACGAACUAUUCGCCAGUUUCACUACACGACAUGGCCCGAUCACGGAGUACCUGCGAUUAUAUCGCCCAUUAUCGAACUUGUACGUCUCGUGCGGGACUGCCAACCGAGCGAGGCGCUCCCGGUCCUAGUGCAUUGCUCGGCUGGCUGCGGCCGGACAGGAACCUUCUGCGCCAUCGACUACGUCCACGGCCUCGUCCGUUACGGCAAACUAAACAGCAAUUUGAGCCUAUUCAAAAUCAUUCAAGAAAUGCGCCAACAGCGUGUAGCUAUGGUUCAAACGCGCGAUCAGUACGUUUUGGUUCAUAAGGUUGUCGGCGCCUUAUUUGAGCAACAGCUCAAACUUCUUGAUUCACACAUCUAUCAGAACAUUGAUACGCUACUACAGAGUCGUGGAAGCAGUACAGCUGAAUCACCUGGUCGCCUAGAACGCAGCAAGUCUAUGGGAUCUCUGGAAGGAAGACUCGUCGGAAAAGCUACCGUCAUUCGAAGAGCACAACAGCCGAACGGACAGCAGGCGUCGAGUGGAAGACUGUUUGGAGCUACCCUCAUUCCUAAGGGACAUGAACGUGUUGAGCGGGCCGCUCCUACUGAUAUGAACAACCAAGGUCAUGAUAAUAAUGCAAACCACCAAAUGCACAUACAGCCGAGCAUGGAGGAUGAACUGAUGAAAACCCGGCGAACAUCUUCGGGCACAUUGUGGACCCAGGUCUGAGGUUGCGAGGAGUUUGUCUAACGCACAUCUUCACCUGAAUUCCCGAAAUGCUUUGGUGAAAAGACGAUUUAAUCACAUUAGUGUCGCUAAUUUCAAAGACUUAUCAAGUCAACAUGUUCCAAUACAGACGGUCAUACAUACGUGAAGACCUUCUGUAUCCAUAACGACGCUAUUAAUUCGUUCCAUUUACAUUUAAUACACACUGUCACUUCUCUUUUUCGUAAGUGGUUGAUUAGACUAACUACCAACAUAAUCCGUUGAGGAAACGCGCGCUAACCUAAUUUACCUUCAAUGCGCCCCCCACUCGCUAAGCAUCAAUGUUUUACUACGAAUUGCUCAAAUACCAUCUCUGAAUACGGUGGUUUGUAAAAUCGAGCAUCUGUUACCGCCGUCUACUCACGUAUGGCUGAUACUGUUAAGUCCAAAAGUAUUUGCUUAUUAGAUUACUGGAUCAUUUUUCAUUAGUACUGCGUCUUUAUGCCUCAGGGCACUAAUCAGUUAAUCAUUUACAAUAUCACAACGCACCCGUUAACUUACUCACUCAGAGAGAAGACAAGAAUCCUAACAUCUUUUACUAUGCAUAACCACUAACAUCACUAUUCAGUGUAUCGAGCAUAUAUGUAUGUACUAUAUGAAUCUAUUAUGCGUCAGUGAUUAAUCGACCCCAGACGAAGAAAGGCACUCCCACUCGCAACCUCGAUCCUGAAUCGGCUACGUUUCAUCGCCAAAUGAAUGAUGUUGAGCUCCCUCUGUCUUGUUAGUGCAUUAGUGACGCGGCGUAUAGUUCAAUAAUAUCAAAAACAUUGAACACAGAUGAAUAAUACUCGAGUCACUUAACUGUGACAACGUGAUAAUGGCCAAACGUUCUGUCCUAGCUUUUAUCUGUUAAUUCAGUGAACAAUCCAUUUCGCUUCAAUGCACUAGCUUCUUUACCUCAUACUACAUAUUGGCAAAUCAUUGUUGUUUAAUCUAUCACGGAGGUGUUGCGGCCAUCUUCUUAAUGCUGGCCGUUCUAGAGCGAUAGGAAUAACUAAGCCAAAUUGUUAUGUGCACAAACCAGGAAACGUUGCCGUCGACGACGCUAUCCGUCUAUCCAUCCGAACUGGACAGAAUCUCUAUACCCUUCGCCAUAGACGUGACAUGUGAGGAUCCCUAUAAUUAUGUAGGAUGGUACCUUUUAUCGUAGAUCAUGCGAGACAUACAAAAGGAGAAGGCGAAGGUACUUUUCUGCGAACGAACAUGGCUGGUUACAAUGAAGAGCCGCCGCCGUACAGUCUGACUUCACUGCGACUUUUUUCAAAAAUAGCGGGCAACUGUCAACAAGCUCACUGGACAGUGUCUGUGUCGGCCACGUGUUUUUCUAGCGUUUCAUCUUUUACCUGUUUCUAGAAUUUACUAUUCUGUAAGACAAGCUUUUUAUUACUCAUGCCCAUCCUUAUACCUCGGUUAAAUCGAGGACAUCACUUCAAUUGCUAUAUUAGAAUAAUCGCCGUAAUAAUCGCGCACGUACUUUGAAAAGAGCACAUCCUUUCUGCUCGCUUGCUAUGUUAAACAAGUCCGUUGUAGCAAGACUUGAAUUGAUAUAGUAGCCGGUAAUGCAUAGGACUGACCGGAUCAAAACGAUUUUAUAUAGGAACAAGUUUAUCAGUAUAGAAUUACGGAAAUGUCUAUAUUAUUAUAAUGCUGACUUAAGCGAACACUUAGUCAUUGAGGUAUAUAACGCGAAAUGCGGUAGCUAACAUAAAUUUCACAUAUAUAUAUAUAUAUAUAUAUAUAUAUAUAUAUAUAUAUAUAGGGCAUACGGGCGUUAUUGUCAACAUGACCGACACGUAUAGUGCAUUUAUUCUCGAUACCUUGUAAAAAUGAUAAAAAUGAAUAUAUAGUAAUACCUAAAUUACUUUGAUAUCUGUGACAAAAUAUAAAAUGCGCGAAAUUAAUGAAAAUCAUUCAGCCUAUGUGGCGUGUCCGAGUGGUCAGAGAAUGUAGCGGUAGAUAAAUAGCUGUUAUCGAUUAAACAUGUUUGUACAGUAAGAACUUUAGCUGGCUGGUUGGCUAUUGAAAAACGAAAAGCUUACUUAUCGAAAGAAUCAUUGUUAUAUCCGAGUACGAAGUAUUAGAUCAUUAUUAUUAUUGCACGAAUGAGUGAGGGGAAAUUAUGUGAGGGUAUACAAUACCAUAACUACCUCCGUGAAGGAAGAGGAGCGUUUAUAACAAACACAGACAAUAGCGCGUUUAUAGAAAAACAAAGUCGAUAUAUGAAAUGCGUAUUCGAAUUCUGUUAGUACACGACACUGUACUUGCUUUAGCACAAAUAUCUGAAGCAAACAAACUUUAUAUAUGGCCUAUGCUGUCUUCUGUAGAAGCACGCUAGCAUCUAAUCAUUUAUUAUAGAUGUAAUUAAUGAAUGUAUUUAUACACAUUCCUCUUUUGCCUGUCUGGUAUUAUCCCACCAUUGCUAUCAUGUUAUAAAUUCAAGUAGUGGUUUGUGACUCCGACAGAGACCAAUACACUCAGCUUCAAGCAGAAGGGUACUUUGCAAAGGUUAAAAUGGAUGCAGGGACAAGCGAAACCCGAGCGACUAAGAAUGGUAUGGUACCAUCUGUAGUCCCAUGUAAUGCUCCUGACCGCCAACUUUUGCGUGGUUGACUCGGGUAAUCAGAGUACUUACGUUCAACGGUGAUUGUCACAUGCCAACACCAAACGUUGCUAUGCCAGCAACGUUUCAACAGGUUGAUCUUAAUUUAUUUUGUACAUACAAUGUAUAACCUAAGUUAAUAUAUAA